AUGACCGGCAUCACAUUCACCAUUGCCUCGAGCAUCUUGCUCGCUCAGGCUGUUCUUGGCCAGUGCCCGAACGGCUGGGGAUCUACCCAGUUUAACAACAACGACGUUCACUGCUGCUACGGCUCCAUGAGCGUCAACAACAACGAGGGCUUCUGCUGCGUCCACGGCAGCGGUGGUUCCGGCGCCAUUGCAAUCGACGCCGCCGACUGCUUUCCCUUUUGCUCCGACUCGGCGAAGAAGAAUGUUCAAGUCGCCUCCCCCUCGCAAAAGUGCAUUGACAAUGUCCCAUUCUCCGCCGCGGAUUAUUCGCAGCGUGUCUCGGCCGCGUCCAAGUUGGCAGUAGCAUCGCAGACGGGCGGUUCUCAGAUUGUCAGCAACAGCGCCUCUGCCACCAAGGCUCCGUCUCCGACAGGCAGCAACGGCGCUCCUGGCAGCAACGGCUCCUCGGGCAGCAACGGCUCCUCGGGCAGCAACGGCUCCUCGGGCAGCAACGGCUCCUCGGGCAGCAAUGGUGCGGCUGGUAGCGCCGGUGCGGCUGGUAGCGCCGGUGCGGCUGGCAGCCACGGCGCGGCUGGCAGCAACGGCGCAGCGGGUAGUAACGGCGCCCCGGCUACCAAGUCUCCGUCUCCAACCGGCAGCAACGGCGCCUCGGGCAGCAAUGGCGCCUCGGGCAACAAUGGCGCGGCGGGCAAGAAUGGUGCGGCUGGCAGCAACGGUGCGCCCGGUAGCAACGGCGCCUCGGCCACCAAGUCGGGCUCGCCCUCUGGCGCGACGGGUGCGGCUGCGUCGAGCUCGGGCAGUAAGAGCAGCUCCGCCUCCAUCGUCAUCACCAAUGCGGCCUCCUCUGUUUCCCAUGGCCUUGUCCAGGCCGGUGGUAUUGUGGCUGUGGCAGCCAUGCUGGCUUUUUAA